ACGUAAAGGAAGGUAGAGCUUUUUACCUCAUCACUUUUUGCGUUCUGACAUAAAUCAGACUAAAAAGACCCUGAGAUUAUUUCUUUAUCAUGGAAUUACGGAUUAUUUUCCCCAUGUUGUCCAUGCUUUCUUCAGGAAUCUUCCACACAGCUGUACCUGCGUCUGUGGGCGAAGCAGCAGCGGCUUCACUCAGCACGCGCCACUCCAGACCCAAGCGAUGCUCGUGCGCAACUUUUCUGGAUAAAGAAUGCGUGUAUUUCUGCCACCUGGACAUAAUUUGGGUCAACACUCCAGAGCGCACUGUAUCUUAUGGACUGGGCAACGCGCCCCGCAAGAAGCGCUCAGCGCGAGAAAUGUCUCGCGCCGCCGAACUCUCGCGUUGCGAGUGCGCAGACAGUACCGACGGCACGUGCGUGUCGUUCUGUCACACACGCAACUCGCAAAGGCGUAAGGCAGCGCGUGACAAGGUGAUCCCUACCGCCGGCGGCCAUGACGGUGCCGAAAAGACGCGGAAAUGCGACCUGGCAUCCAAGACGUCUGGGAUUAAAAGAGAUCAUAAAAGAGCUGAGGCCUCAGUUGCAAGGGCCACCAGGCAGCUUCAGCUACUCCUGAAGAAAUGGAGAACGAGGUUGUCUCUGAACCCACCAGACUGGGCUGCUGAAAAUGUCACCUCCUAGAGGCAGACCCAUGGCGCAGGACUUUACAAGCCACGCAGAGAAAGGGGUUUUCCAAGCCGAGACAGGCUUCUCCCGAAGCAGCCAGUCAUACGCCACACAUCCACUGCGAUGUGUAGGACCCUUCACACACAGAGGGUCUUGCAAAUAUGACUCCUGUGGUGAUAGUGUUUUCACCGGGAAGCUUUCGACUUUGUGGAUAAGUUUCAGAGGGAAACAAAAACAAGGACCUCUUUCAAAUCAUGAAGUUAAACUCACUUUAAUUUCUUACGGCAUAACUAGUUGUGGAAACGUAUACAUUUGAAUUGGAACUGUUUUUAACAGUCAAGUGCUACAUCCAUAUAUAGUGCAGAAGUGUGUCUGGUGACAUGUACAGAAUGUUAUGAAGAAUGCUAAUUAAGAAAAUUGGCAGGACAUUUAUUUUGCUACAAUACUGGAUACUCUUUCUUUAAUAUGUUCAGUUCUUUUUACAGGCAGUAUACUGAUGUAGCUGAAACUAUAAUCAAUGCAAAUGGAUAUUUAUUAAAGCAUUUAUGUUAAAUGAAUGCAUUUAAAAUCAAGCCAUAUUGGCCCAACUGUCAUAUUUCUAUGAAAUGCUGUCAUACCGUAGCCAUGAUUGUGGUCUACAUUAUAGGAAAUAAAUAAUUAAUAUUAUUUAAAAUGUCAUUUAUUUUGUCCGUGUCUAAUUUAGGUUAUAGUCGGUUCAUUUACGUACAUCACAAAUGAUUAACCUUGA